AACGAAGGAUGCUGCAUUACGAACUAGGAAUUUGGGUGAUGUUCCUGGCGCGAAAUCUUUAAGUUUAUGCCCCCCAUCUAAAUACCUCGUUACACGUUAAUAUUAGCAUAUAUUUUAGCCUGGUGAACGACAGAACAAAUCUAAACCUCAAGAUAAACAUGUCAGUGACGAAGUGAUGAAUUUCUAGUUGUUUCUAUAUCAGAGGUUGCUGGCUACGCAGUAUGUGUGACGAGACGAACAUGACCGAGGCCGGAGCGGAGAGAGACCGGGGGAAGAAGACAUCAAAAUCGGUUUGUGUUUAUGACUGUCGCCCGGAGAGCAGCGCAGCGACGGGGAGGACGAUAGACAUAGCGAACAUGGAUUACAAUGGCUUUCUGCAGGCUCUGAGACGGGAGUUUUCACUGUCGACAAACGAGACUUUCGUUAUAAGCACGACGGACCGAAAAGAGAUUGACGAACAACUGUACAAGGAGUUGGUUGAUGGGAAAACCUUGCAACUGUUGAAGUCUGUGAAUCAGGAGCUGCCUAUGGCGAUUCAAGAGCGGAUCGAGUAUCUGCCGCACUAUCAUACUCUAGUGCAAUGUGGCAUGUAUGAGUACUACGCUAGCGAAGGACAGAAAGCAUUGCCCUAUGCUUUUGCUGAGCUCAUUGAUAACGCGCUGUCAGCCACUGGAAAAAACACGGGAAUCAGGAGAAUUGAAAUCAGACUGCUUUUCGAUGAGUCUCAGGGAGGACCUGCUGUCGUGGUGAUAGAUAAUGGAUGUGGAAUGACAUCUAAACAGUUGAACAACUGGGCCGUUUACCGUCUGUCAAAGUUUAUUCGAGAAAAUGACACGGUUCAAAGCGACAAACCCGGUUAUGUGCGACCAAGUCCAGUUCCACGCAGUCUGAACAGUGACAUCUCAUAUUUUGGAGUCGGAGGCAAACAGGCUGUGUUUUACAUCGGACAGUCUGUCAGAAUGAUCAGCAAACCUGCAGGCUCUCCAGAUGUUCAUGAAUUUUCAUGUCUAAAGAAGACUUUGAGCGCAAGGAGUUAAAAAAGGAAGAUAUUUACUCUGGGUUCAUUAGAAACAGGAAGCCUGGGGAUUGCUCGCAUGUGAAUGUCAGCAAUGAGCAGUUUCUGCAGUCUAUUGUGAUUGAAGAAGAUGGGAAGGAGAGUUUCACUGCAGUUGUCAUCACUGGAGUCCAGCCAGAUCACGUCACCUACCUCAAACAGUAUUUCAAUCUGUGGACUAGAGAGUUAGCGUACGUCCCAAAGACACAUACACAAAACCACACCACACUCUUCAGGCC